GCGGGGCGGACGUCGGGCAGCGGGAGCUUCAGCGAUGUUUUACUCAGGGCUCCUCACUGAGGGCGGCCGCAAGGAGACGGAUAUGCGGGAGGCAGCGUCGCUGCGGCAGCAGCGCCGGAUGAAGCAAGCUGUGCAGUUCAUCCACAAAGACUCGGCCGACCUACUGCCCCUGGACGGCCUCAAGAAGCUCGGCUCGUCCAAGGACACGCAACCACAUAACAUCCUGCAGAGGCGCCUCAUGGAAACCAACCUGUCUAAGCUCCGGAGCAGUCGUGUCCCUUGGACCUCCAAGACCAACAAACUCUAUCAGGCUAAGUCUGAGGGACUGAAGAAGUCCGAGGAUGAUGACAUGAUUCUAGUUUCUUGCCAGUGUGCUGGAAAGGAUGUGAAAGCCCUGAUUGACACAGGCUGUCAAUAUAAUCUCAUCUCGUCAUCCUGUGUGUACAGACUGGGACUCAAGGAUCAUGUCAAAUCUCACAAGCAUGAAGGAGAGAAGCUUUCUCUACCCCGGCAUCUGAAAGUAGUGGGCCAGAUUGAGCACCUCGUGAUCACACUGGGCUCCCUCCGCCUGGACUGCCCGGCGGCUGUGGUUGAGGACAAUGAGAAAAACUUGUCCCUUGGUCUCCAGACUCUCCGAUCCCUGAAGUGCAUCAUAAACUUGGAUAAGCACCAGCUGAUCAUGGGGAAAACAGACAAAGAAGAAAUCCCUUUUGUGGAGACAGUUUCCUUGAAUGAAGAUAACACUUCAGAAGCAUAACUACAGCCUGCAGCGUGUCUGCACAUACGCACACACACCAGGUUGACAGAUUGAGAAAACUGGGUUUGAACCAAAUGCAGUAGCAACUUGCUGUGGACCAAGUCCUUUCCUCUAAUAGAAGCUACAGGAGCUCUUUCCCACCCAGACCUCUCUAGACUUUAGUCUGUGCUUAGAGAUCUUGUCUGGUGAUAGCCAUUGUUUUCUACUCCUUUGACACUGCCAGGUCUCACUUGUGGCCUAUUUCUCUGCUUCUUCCAGGAAUUUGCUUUUAUUAGUCAAAUAUAGGGGCUGCCAGAUUCCAUUUCUCCAUAAGUUUACUUGCUACUUUUCCUAUAGCUAAAAUGUAUAAUAAACAGGAACCUGACCUUUAUCUCCUUUCAGCUAUUUCAGAGAAGUGCAGGAUAUGUCACAGAAUUAAUAUUUCUUUUAAUUCAUUCAUUGAUUUCUCAAGUAUGAAUAGACCUGAAAUCUGAAAGAUUCCAGAGAGAUAAUGUAAUUCAACCCUUUCAUUUAAAGGUCCAGAGAGGCAAGUGAAUUGUCUGAGCUCCUAUACAGAGUCAGUAGCAGAAGGGAUCUAGACCUCAGAACUGACAAGCCAAGGCUGUGUUCAUUGUCCCAUGCUGCUUCAUUUGUCUUCAAGACUUGAGAGGAAGAUGAAGAGAUGAGGGUUUCUAAAAAGGCAGAGUAGGGGGAGGCAAGUGCUUUGGGGAUGGAUGGAAGGAGGAUCUGGGUAUCUCUCCCUCUGUGAGCUGAGCCCACUAAAAUUCCCCUGCCCCAAAUUGUCACAUGUAGGCCCUUGCCUUGGUACCUAAAAGCUGAGGGUACAAAGAUCCACGAGAUGGUCUUUCACCUUAAUUUCUUGGAGGGGAGGAGAGGAAGGAACCACAGACAGAAGAACAUUCAUCACUCUUGAGACAGAAUUGAAGGCUUCAGUGAACACCGGUAACCUGGGUAUCGCUGUCAGACAUCAAUACUCCCAAGAUCCAGUCACUGUCUCCGCCUAGCCUGUUAUUUGUCCGCCAUGGACUCAAGUAACUGAGAACAGGAGUAGGUAAAGAGGGUGAAAAAACCGAGAGCAGGUCCAUAAUGGAAGGGAGGACUAGAUGGAAUCAGUUGGUGGGAAGACCUCCACAGGGAAAUUUUUCUGAGAUGGUCAGGAAGGAGACUUCCAGGAAGGGAUUCGAGGGUUUGGAAACUCUUCAGCUCUGCCCUGGUAUGAGGAAAGAGGCAAGGCAGCAGCUGACAGUGUUCAGGGAAACUUCCUAAGUGCCCAGUAUUCCCUGACCCCUCUCAAAGAGCCGAAGAUCACAGGGACUCCUUGAAACUUUUUGUUGGGGGUGUCAGCUUGGGCACACAGAUGCCCACCUUGGGCACUCCUGUAAUGGCGUUUCCUCUUCAAUUUGGCCAUAGGAGUGCCUGGAGAAGUCAGAAAAAUAGCCAACUGGGGAUAUCUUUUUAGGAGAUUCCCAAGUCUACCCUUGAUUCAUAACAUUGGCUCCCAGAGUGUUUAAUGGGUCCCACUUGCAACUUUGCCAGGUCCCACCAGCAGUCUCCUCUAGCACUCAGCUGCUGUCCCUGCCAAACAACCCUUUGGAACUCUGAAUGUUUCAGCCUUACAGAAGCUCCUCAAGACUGGAAACUUGGUGACCUCCAUUGGAACAGCUGCAGCCAGUUAUCACUGGGUCAUUCGCAGGCUCCACUCCUUUCAGCCCCUAUAGAGGAAGUAAGACAGAAGGCUAAGCACAGCCACAGUAGAGGAGGUCACACUUGAAGCUUCAGCAACGGUGCUUCCAGGUUACCAGGCUUCGUUGCCCCCUCCUCCUCCCCCCCAUUUUCUUACCUAGGGGACUGCUGCCUUUCCAUUGAGGCCUCUCCACCCUUCUCCCCUACCUGUCAUGGCAGCACUUCGGUCUGCUUCUUAUCCCAGACCUGAGAUGAAAUACUUCACUCCUUCCUUCCCUAGCUGAGAGUUCCACUCUGAGCCUUGGCUCUUGGCUACGAGUGAGGCUUGUUGGAAAUUCCUUGGCCUGGUUUAUCCUCAUACAGAUUCCCUGUGGACCAGUGAGAUCAGGAAUUCUCAGGUGCUAGAAAGAUGUGACUGAUUCGGGCUGAGCUCAGGAUUAUAUGGUGUCUGGGGAAGAUAGAUGACCUUUAGUGACCUUUCUGCCUCUGAGAAUUAGUACUUUCCAAUAUUGGAAUAGAAACAAUUGGGGCAAUUUGAGUUUAGGGUAUCAUAACCUCAAUGCAGUCAAAUCAUCUGAAUUUACUAACCAAAUAAUUGUGUUUUAAACCUCAUGCUUGAUAGAGGUACCUUAAAAUGUCUAAAGACAAUUAUGGGAAAUCUUGAGCUUCAUUAAUGUUUAAACGCUGCCAAGUCGAUUACUCUGGCAGCCCAUAUCUCCUUUUUAUCCAUUCGGGAGCACUGGGUCUGCUUUUUGGGGGAUUGCAAAGUAAGCAGGUAAGGUCAGUUCUUCCCAGAAUCCUAGAAAAUUCUCUCUGGCACCUCUGAUUGAGUUUAUCGGAAAGAGUGUCCACUGAGGUCACAGUUCUGAAGAUAGGCAGUAGCAAGAAGUAGCCCUUAGAACUGGUGCCUCCCUCCUUCCUUAUUAGAUGUUCUUCUCAAACACAGGAAGUUUGGAAAAGACUGUUUUUGUCAUUUGGUAUUUCUGUGUCUGACUUAUUUGAGGAACAAAUGUUUUCUGACCUUUCUAUUUCCUUGCCCUGUACAGAUCCCAUCUGGUAAGAUUUUCUGUUCCUUAGCUCAAAGUGUCUAUAGAGUGAUUGCUUGGUAUGUCAGCUAUCCUCGCUCUUGUGUAAUAGAAAUAUCUUUCCAGGUUGGGGACAUGGAGGAGACAAACUGGAUUACUCCCUCCCUCUGUUGCCAGGCCUAUGCAUUAGCACUUUAUCUGCUCAGUGUUUCUGGCUGUGUUGGGUUUAUUUGU